AUGUCAGCAAGCGAUGGGUCCAACAUUGCGGCCCAAUUAACCGGAGCAGGCAACCAGCAAGCUCAGAUUCCAAAGACCGAGACGUCCAAGGAUGUGCAAAACGAGCGCCGGCAGACAUUCAAGCGCCGCCAUGGCUCUCUUGUUGGUUUCUUUACCUUGAUUCUNGUAUGUUCCGGCAUCUCGGAUGGCUAUUGCUGGCUGGUAUACUCACGGCAACGCAGGUUGUUCCACGUUUUGGGCAUUUUCCUCUUCCUCAGCGGCUUCCUCUUGACACGCCUCGUCCUGGACCACAAAUCCGAAUGCGCCGUGCCUCCAGUUCCUCUCGGCUCCUCCUACACGCCCGGCUCGCCAGAUGAGGGCUGUUGGCAUCCUAAAUCCUUCGACAAGGCUGUCGUCAUCAUUGUCGAUGCUCUUCGCUACGACUUUACUGUGCCGUGGUCGCCAAAGCACCCCCACCAGGCCUCGCAGCACUUCCACAAUGCUCUGCCCAUCUUUUGGGACACUGCCGUAGCUGAGCCCGAAAAGGCCUUCCUCUUACCCUUCAUCGCCGACCCUCCUACCACAACCCUGCAACGUCUAAAGGGACUGACCACUGGCACUCUCCCCACCUUCAUCGACGCAGGCUCCAACUUCGCCGGAACUGCCAUUGACGAGGACAACUUGGUCGCACAGCUCAAGGCUGCUGGCAAGAGAUUGGUUCACCUUGGGGAUGAUACAUGGCAUUCGCUAUUCCCUGGAUACUUUGAUCCCGAGCUGACCCGCGCUUACGAUUCCUUCAACGUCUGGGACUUGCACACGGUCGACAAUGGUGUCAACGACCACAUCUUCCCUCUGUUGCACUCAUCCAACACGUCCUCUUGGGAUGUGAUCUUUGGUCACUACCUGGGUGUCGACCAUGCUGGCCACCGCUACGGACCCGACCACCCUGCGAUGGCUGCAAAGCUCCAAGAGAUGAACGGUGUGUUCGAAAGAAUGAUUGCUGCACUUGACGACAAGACUUUGCUGGUUAUCAUGGGCGAUCAUGGCAUGGAUGCCAAGGGUGAUCACGGUGGAGAGUCAGACGACGAGGUCGAGGCCGCCCUGUGGAUGUAUUCCAAACAGGGUUUGUUCGGCCGCCGUGAUGAAUCCGCUGCGCAGCCUCCACUCACUGCUAAGGAGAGACCUGUCGCACAGAUUGAUCUUGUUCCUACUCUGUCCUUGCUUCUCGGUAUGCCUAUCCCUUUCAACAACCUCGGUCAGCCGAUCGAGGAAGCUUUCAUUGGCAGAAAAUCCAAUGACUACCAAAACCUCGCUCAGGUCAGCCAUUUGACCGCGGGGCAGAUCCACAGGUAUCAGAAGGAGUACUCGGCUGUCCGCAAACUCGAUUCGGCNAGUACACUUCCUCCUCAGACACUUUGGGAAGCAGCUUCGAAGGUUUGGGAAGAGUUUGAGCAAACGAACAAGCCUCCUCUUGAGCUUUGGCAGGCUGCCUAUUCUCAAUUCCGCGCUUAUCAACAGGAGAACCUGCGUGUGUGCAAGAGUCUUUGGGCCCGCUUUGAUCUUAUCAGCAUGGCGAUGGGUAUUAUUCUACUUGUCGGCGCUCUUCUCACCAUUGUGCUUUUCGCAAACGGUUUCAACGGAGACCGUAGUGAGAUCGCUUCUGGUCUCUGCAUUCGUGGAGUCACUGGUAUGGCAAUCGGAGCUGGCGCUGGUCUUCUCUUGGGAGGUGUGACUUCGAUUUCUUGGAUCAACUCGGUUGUCUUUUUCUCUGGUCUGAGUGGCAUCUUGGGCACGCUCUCGUGCCUCGUAUCCACGCCCUCAAAGCUUCGUGCUCCAUUCCCUACUUCUUUCUGGGGCUGGAUAUGCACCAUUCCUCCAGUCCUUCUUUGCAUUGGUUUUGCUUCGAACUCUUUCACAAUCUGGGAAGAUGAGAUUUUGCUGUACAUGCUUUGCUCGAUUGGCGCAUUGAUGCUUGCAUCUUCGCUACGCCUGCAGAACCCUCAGGAGCGUCUGCUCGGUUCAUGGCAUUCGCUCUCUUUCAUCGUGUUGACCCGCCUCGCAUCACUUUCUCGUCUUUGUCGCGAAGAGCAGAUGCCUUUCUGCAGAUCGACCUACUACGCCUCGGCCACUUCUUCCACCUCGGCCUGGUGGCAACUUACUAUUCCAUUUAUCAUUGCUGUUAUCCUGCCAAGCGCAAUUCGCGACUUUUUCGCUCGUACCAAAAACUACCAAGGUACAGCUGUACUGUGGCUAGGUAUUGCAUUCCGUAUCGGUCUUGUUCUCUCUGCAACUUACUGGGUCCUCGAUGCAGCUGACGACAAUGAAUGGAUUCCUCAAGUCUCCAGCGAAAACUUGAAGACGAUUCGUGUAUUCAUUGCGCAGGCUAUCUUGGCCAUUGCUUGGGCUGCUGGCUACAGUGCCUAUCUCUACUCUGCUCCUUUCCUGGGCGUCGAGACUGAAACACCAGCACCCGAAACAGAAUUGAUGGACCCCGACGACCCUAUGUCGGCCAUGUUCACGCCGGUCAAGCCACAACAGCGCAAGAAGCUCAUCAUUCUUGGCUACGCGAACACUCACGGUACUCGAUACUUCCUUCUACCGACCAUCUGGGCACUUGUUCUUCUCCUUCUGCAGAAGCCCAUGGGCCAAGGCACGCUUUCACUAUGCUUGCUUAGCAUCCUCAAUCUUCUUGAGAUUAUUGAUGCGAACGACUUGCGCAACUCGCCUUUAGGGCCAGUGACAUUGGCUCUGAUGGCUGGCUUCUACUUCUUCAAGACGGGACACCAAGCCACACUUUCUUCGAUCCAAUGGGAGUCUGCAUUCAUCCCACUCAAGACCAUCAAGUAUCCUUGGUCGCCCAUGUUGGUUAUCAUCAGCACAUUUGCACCUUACAUCCUUUGUGCACUCGCUGUUCCUGCUGUUGUUUUCUGGAAGGUGCCUCCCCGCACUCCGGGUCUGAUGAACCAGGUCGCCAGGGCUCUCGCUACCCAUGUGGUCUUCUAUGCUGCUAUUGCUCUCGCGACUGUUGUUGAAGCUGCCUGGCUUCGUCGUCACUUGAUGCUCUACCGCAUCUUCAUGCCUCGCAUGUUGCUUGGGGUAGUGGUUCUCUUGAUCGUGGAGUUGGUCGGUGUGAUUGUUGGCCUUGUAGGCAUUAGAAGCAGCAUCCGCAGUGUGGCAGAGGUGUUUGGCUGGGGUCCGUUGGUUGAGGAAGUCUCUGUGCCGGAAGCGCAGCCUGUGGCGCCUGAACCAGUCGCAGCAACAGAUGCCUCCGAAGAGACCAAGAAAGAUUAG